UAUCGCAACUUUACUCGUGUUGUGAAACAAAUUUCACAAUUUUAACACACUUAUUCGCAAUAUUGAUGAUUCAAAAUUUGAGGAGAGUGUCUCGUAAUCGUGUUUAACAAUUGGCAGUGACUUGUAUUAAAAUUUUCCAACAUGCGGCUGGUAGAUUCAUCAAAACUUUUGGAACUGCAAAACAAGCAGUCUAAUAUUCGAAAUAUUUGCAUUGUGGCCCACGUGGACCAUGGCAAAACAACAUUGGCGGAUUCCUUGAUAUCUAGUAAUGGUAUCAUAUCGCAGAGGAUGUCGGGAAAGCUGCGUUAUAUGGACAGCAGACCUGAUGAACAGGAGAGAGGUAUCACCAUGAAAAGUAGCAGUAUUGCGCUCUACCACGCUGUGAACCAGGAAGAAUACCUGGUGAACCUCAUAGAUUCACCUGGGCAUAUUGAUUUCUCAAGUGAGGUGUCCACGGCCGUGAGAUUGUGCGAUGGAGCUAUUGUGGUGGUGGACGUAGUAGAAGGAGUUUGCCCUCAAACAAGGCUAGCUCUCAAGCAAGCGUACGCUGAAAACAUCCGUGCUGUACUCGUCCUGAACAAGAUUGAUCGGCUCAUCCUGGAAAUGCAGUUUACACCUCUCGACGCAUACAUACAUCUGACCCAAGUUCUGGAGCAAGUCAACGCUGUGAUGGGGGAAUUGUUUGCCACCGAAGUGUUUGAAAACGAAGAGAAUACUAUUGACAAACAGCAACAAAAGCAGCAACCGAAAGAGGACAACAACUUUUACGACUGGACUUCUGCUCUAGAAGAUGCCGACGAUUCUCAUCUUUACUUCUCACCUGAACAAGGGAAUGUGGUGUUCGCUAGUGCUAUUGAUGGAUGGGGUUUCACUACUCAUACUUUCGCCAAAUUAUUCUCUGAUAAACUUGGUGUCAAGGAUGAGAUACUGAAAAAAGUGUUAUGGGGUGACUUCUAUCUAAACACCAAGACCAAACGCUUCAUGAAAGGAGCACAAGAGAAAGCAAAGAAGCCCUUAUUCGUGCAAGUCAUCCUAGACAAUCUGUGGAACAUCUACGAAACGAUUGUCCUUAGAAAUGAGAAGGAGAAAGUCCCUGUCAUAUGUGAGAAACUUGGAAUAAAACUGACUACACGAGACCUUAGGCAUACCGACACCAGAAUUCAACUUCAAUCUCUAAUGAUGCAAUGGCUUCCAUUAUCCCAGACAGUCCUCAACAUGGUCUGCUCAAAACUACCUUCCCCUAAAGAGAUCUUACCCGAAAAGGUAGAAAAACUAAUGUGUUCAAGAAUCAGAGACUUCGAUUCAUACAAUGCGGAGACGCAGAAACUUAAAAAUGACUUCUUAGCCUGUGAUAGUAGUGGUGAUAAGCCUAUAAUUAUAUUUAUAUCGAAGAUGUUCGGGGUGGAUAAGAGUAUACUUCCAGAGAAUAAGCCUAAAGCGUUGACACCCGAAGAAAUGGCGCGUAGGAGAGAGUUGGCGCGAAAAAUGCGGGAGGAGAUGAAACAAAACGCUGCGGAACCAGUUCCAGAAAUAAAGGCUGAAUCGGAAAGUUCAGAAAAAAGCGAAGAAAAUGAGAAAGAAACUAAAGAAGAAGAAAAAGAGGAGACAGCAUUUAUAGCAUUUGCUAGAGUAUUUAGCGGUAAAGUUAAGAAAGGUGAUAAAGUAUAUGUUUUAGGUCCUAAACAUGACCCGUCCAAGAUACUUAGUCUUAAAGACUUCAAGAUAGAUCCUAAUAAGAAAUUGAAGGAUUUGCAUAGUGAUGAACAUAUCACUUGUACAGAAAUUAAGUCGUUAUACAUUCUAAUGGGAAGAGAAUUGGAAGAAAUUGAAGAGGCUGUUGCAGGAAAUAUAAUCGGUAUCGGCGGCCUAGAAGACUACGUUCUAAAGACUGCUACUCUUAGCAGUACUGUCGCCUGUCCAGCGUUCAGCGAGAUACAGUACGCUGCUGUGCCCAUUCUAAGGGUCGCUUUGGAGCCUACGUAUCCUUCUCAACUGCCGCAGUUGGUGAAAGGUCUCAAACUUCUGAACCAAUCGGAUUCCUGCGUGCAAGUGCUGUUGCAAGAAACGGGCGAACACGUCAUAGUGACCGCUGGAGAGGUGCACUUGGAAAGGUGUUUGGAAGACUUGCAAAACCACUACGCAAAAAUACCGAUCACGGUAUCAGAGCCGAUAGUUCCAUUCAGAGAAACAAUCGUCGAACCUCCCAAAAUCGAUAUGGCCAACGAAGAAAUCGACGCCCAAAAUAUCGAUAAAGGGAACGAUAAAGAAGAAGACCCCGUAAUAACGAUAUACACUAACAACAAGCAAAGCAGAAUCAAAAUCAGAGCUAGACCUGUUCCAACAGAAAUAACUAAUUUACUAGAUAGAUCUAGUGACUUACUAAAAGUAAUUUCCCAGCAUAUAAAAACAUUACAAGGCUUAGCUAAAAACGACAAUUUAGAACAAAAAUUAGACGAGUUAUACAUCAACGGCACAAAGCACAAGCUAUCAGACAGAAUGUUGAAAUUGGUACAAAAUUUCAAAGAUGAACUGCAAAAUAUCUGCUCAAAAUUGGGACCGGAAUGGAAGGACGUUGUCAAUCAAAUUUGGUCUGUAGGGCCCAGGAAUUGCGGUCCGAAUUUGCUGUUGAAUCACACGAAGGAUUAUGUUACUAAAUAUUUGCAUCAUGAUAAGGAUAUUAAAGAGGAUCCGAGGUUUGAGUAUGAGAGCAGUUUUGUGAAUGGAUUCCAAUUGGCCACUUUGGCUGGGCCUUUGUGUGAGGAACCGAUGAUGGGUGUGGCAUUUUGUGUAGAGGAAUGGACGCUGGAAAAGAACGAGACAGACGAUGGAAGUCACACUUUUGGACCACACUCAGGUCAAAUCGUGUCCGCGGUGAAAGAUGGUUGCAGAAGGGCCUUCCAAAUCCAACCGCAGCGGUUGAUGGCAGCCAUGUACUCCUGUGACAUAAUCGUCGACCAGAAAGUAUUAGGCAAGCUAUACGCGUCGCUCGGCAAGCGCGGCGGCCGCGUGGUGGGCAGCGACCUGCAAAGCGGGUCCGCUUCGUUCCGGGUGCGGGCGCUGCUGCCGGUGGCUGAGAGCUUCAAGUUCGCGCUGGAACUGAGGACUCACACGUCAGGGCUGGCCGCGCCGCAGCUGCUGUUCAGCCAUUGGGAGGUAAUAGACAUCGACCCGUUCUGGCGCCCGCGCACCGAAGAGGAAUACCUUCACUGGGGCGAGAAAUGGGACGGAGUGAACCGAGCAAAGGCUUACAUGGACUCAGUCCGAGCGAGGAAAGGCCUGGCCACUGACAAGCAGCUGGUGCAGCAUGCUGAGAAGCAGAGAACGCUGUCGAAGAAUAAAUAGAAGUAUUUUUAAAAAGUAUACUUAGAGUAGGCGCACACCGUUGAUUUUUAGUUGGCCGAUAGUUGUGCCCGAUUUCAAAUUGUAUGAAGAAUCGGCCAAAUCGAAUCGGCGUGGUGUGCGCACUCCCAUACAUGCCCAUACUGAUCAACAGCCCGACUAAACUAUCGGCCGACGAAAAAUCAACGGUGUGCGCCUACUCUUAAGGAGCCACGAUAGUCGAACGGUGAAGGGGUCGGACUGGUCGACUCGACAUGCAAGGAAGGGUUCGAACCCCGCUGCCGCUCGACUAAUGUGUGGUGAGCCCACUCGUAACACAAGCAUUUUUGCUUACCACGAGGAGCUGAAGAGUUAGGCAUUCAAUCAACGAUACUUGUUUUGUUAGUGAUUUGUAUUAAGUUAUUGUUAAAUUUGAAUUAAGACGUAUACAAUGAAGGCCCUAUGAACACUACGACUUUUUACAGUGAUAAAAAAUACUAAUUAAAUAAUCUUGCACUGAGCUCCAUCCAGUCUCAAACUAGGCAAAACUUGCCCCGUAUCAGAUUGUGUUGCAUUAUUUUUUGUAAUAAGUCCUACAUUUAUUAUUCAUAGAAAAUAAGAUAAGUUCAUACAAACAAAUGUUUAUAUUGUGUGGGGAUUGAACCCGCGACCUCUGUCAUUAUAAUCCAGUACGGGAACCAUUGGACAAGGUGGCGACCGUCAAUGUAGACAAAAGCUUCUGUACCUACUUAUCGCCUCAAAAAGUCGUAGUAUUAGGGUCAAGUUAUCUUAAUAAAUUGUAACAUGCCAAGUUAAGUUUUUCAAAUGUAUUUGGAAAGAAAAUUGAAGCUAGAAAUCGAACCCAGAUUCAAAAAAUAAGCCGUUUAGAAUGUACCUAUUAAUUAUCUAUUAUGUACAAAAUACAAACAGUAUAAUGCUAGUUCUGUAAAAGCUUUGUAAUUUCCGAGUCUGAUACCGAAGGCCAACAAAGUUACAUGUAAUCAACUGUUAAUUCAUUAAUGUAAUUUGUUUUAUUAAUUAUACAUCAAAUGUAUGUGUUAUGUACGUUUAUACUAUGUGUAUAUUUCAGUGAAGUAAAACUUAUUAAGCUAAUAAUGUAUUAUUGUUAAAUUAUUGUGUACUUAGUAAGGAUUUCAUACUCAAGUAGCAAUAGCUUGUAUAGUAUAUUUUUAAUACAUUGAAUUAUAACAAUAA